AUAUAUCUUAUAAUACAAAAUGGCAAGCAACUGUAAUUUACUGAGCGUACUAGGGGUAUUAGUAUUUUCACUGUUCCAUAACCUGGUCCUAGUCUCCGGGCAGAAUUUGCCGGCGGUGGCAUUGUUUACAUUCGGCGAUUCCAACUUCGACGCCGGGAACAGAAAGUUCAUCACAAGAGCUACAAUUGCUCAAAACUUCUGGCCUUACGGUAAAUCCCGAGAUGACCCCAACGGCAAGUAUUCUGAUGGCAAAAUCAUCCCGGACUUUAUCGCAAAAUUCAUGGGAAGUCCACACGAUUUACCGCCGGCGUUUAAACCCGGCGUCGAUGUUUCACGAGGAGCUAGCUUCGCCGUUGGUCUUGCUUCUAUUCUUGGCUCUCCCAAAGAUUCUAGACUGUACUCGACACUUCCUUGUACGGUACGCUUUUCAAAUUUCGGUGCAUACUCUCUGGCGAGAGAGAAAUGGACGACGCCAUGGAGAUUCUCCCUCGACGGUUCACAGACUCGUUAAGAUCAUUGACAAAAACAUCAGAACCCAGCUUUGCUCGAUUCGCAACAACGGAGACAAUCGAUAUGAAGAUGGUCUUCGUGUUUGGUUUUCAACAAGAUAGUAGCUAAGAAAAUUGUUUUUUCUUUGAUUAAGCUCUAAAACGACCAGAAAAGUUGUAAACAAGUUCUUUUUUCUUUUGAAUAUAAUUUAACAUUAAAUUCAAGAAAAAAAAAAUCAUAAAUAAAACGUUGAGACAUAAAUAAUUCUUGAUUUUUUUUUUGCAGUUGACUCUGAAUCAACAAGUAAGGAGAUUCAAUCAGAUGAUAUCAAAUUGGAAAGAAGAUUACAUUCAGAAAUCAUUGUUUAUGAUAUCCAUUGGUAUGGAAGAUUACUACAACUUCACCAAAAGCAAUCCUAAUGCUGAUGCUUCUGCUCAACAAGCUUUCGUCACUUCUGUCACUAACCGAUUAAAGAGCGAUAUCAAACUGUUGUAUUCAUCGGGAGCUAGUAAAUUCGUCGUACAUAUGUUACCGCCAUUAGGCUGUUUACCGAUCGUAAGGCAAGAAUUUGAAACCGGUAACGAUUGUUACGAGAAACUCAACGAUUUGGCUAGACAACACAAUGCCAAAAUCGGACCGAUGUUAAACGAAAUGGCAAAAGCCAAAACGGAUUUCCAAUUUACCGUUUUCGAUUUCUACAACGUCGUUCUUCGCAGGACACAAAGAAACAUGAAUUACCGGUUCUCCUUUACAAAUAUAUCGUGUUGCGGUAUUGGAACGCAUAACGCGUAUGGUUGCGGUUUACCUAACGUACAUUCGAAGCUAUGCGAGUAUCAAAGAUCUUACCUUUACUUCGACGCACGUCAUAACACAGAGAAAGCACAAGAAUCGUUUGCUCAUCUUCUAUUUGGAGGCGACCCAAACGUUGUCCAACCCAUGACCGUUCGUGAGCUUAUUGCCUAUCCUGUUAAUGAACCCAUGCGUGAGUUUUGGAAAGAACCAGAGGAGGAGAAUUUAUUGUUAGUCGACGACAUUGACUUUGAUGCAAAUGCAUCUAUGUAACGUCGUCUAGUUUCGAGCUCAGUAUUUACUAUCUCUAUGAUCAAACGCGAGCUGAGCUUGUUGAGA